UUGCAGGUUUUUUUGUUGCAGCAGCUUCCGACACUAGUGAGCGAGUUUUGCUGCCCGUGGGUGUCCACCACAUGGAUUGCUGCGUCGCCUCCGCGCUCUGCUGCGUCGCGGCGCUCUGGCUCCUCGCGCACUUGGUGGGUUUCGUGGUGGCGGAUGCGGACUUCACGCUGCUGUGGGCGACUCUGGUCGGACACAGGCCAGAGGCUAAGCUGAAGGGCCUGGUGGUCUGGGUCACCGGAGCCUCCAGCGGCAUCGGAGAGGAGCUGGCCUACCAGCUGGCCAAGUGCGGCUCACGUCUCGUCCUGUCUGCCCGCCGUGAGGACGAGCUCACCAGAGUGAAACGUCGCUGUUUAGAGUCCUCCGACCUCGAGGAUGGGGAUAUUCUUGUUCUUCCACUUGAUCUGCUGGAGAGGACAUCGCAUGAGGAGAAAACGAAAACUGUGAUUCAGUACUUCGGGCAUAUCGAUGUCCUGAUCAACAACGGUGGCCGAAGCCAGCGCUCCCUGUGCUUGGAGACCAGCGUUGACGUGUACCAGGCCCUGAUGGAGCUCAACUUCCUGGGGACCGUCUCUAUAACCAAGCAGGUGCUGCCUCACAUGACGCAGCGAGGCACCGGCAGCAUCGUGACCGUCAGCAGCGUUGUCGGCAUCGCCGGGGCGCCCCUGGCAACCGGAUACUCCGCCAGCAAACAUGCUCUACAGGGUUUCUUUAACUCCCUUCGAACCGAGCUGACCGAGUAUCCAAGAAUACUCAUCAGCACGGUGUGUCCGGGGCCGGUGCAGUCGCAGAUUGUCAACAAUGCCUUCACGGAGGAUCUAAACAGGGCCGUGGCCACAGUCGGUAACCAGGAGCACAAGAUGCCAACGAGUCGCUGUGUGCGUCUAAUGCUGGUGGGAAUUGCCAACGGUGUCAAGGAAAUGUGGAUCGCUCAGCAGCCCUUCCUCCUGUUCUACUACGCCUGGCAGUACGCGCCCACGUUCGCCUGGUUCGUCACGAACAUGCUGGGAAGGAAAAGGGUGCAGAAUUUCAAAGCUGGUCUGGAUGCCGACUCUGCAUACUUCACUAAACCGAAGACCUCCUGAAUGUUCUCAAGGAGAAACACCGACGACAUUCCAAAUGUUGGACUUUUUCAGGCAUGAUUUCUGCCGACGUCUAGGAGAAAAGAUUUAACUGCUUUGAGAUCUCAGCGCUCUCGUUCCAUCUCAAAUGUAAAUUAGAUCUUAUUUUUUCUAACAAAUGUUCAAUUUCUGAUAAAUUACCUUUUACAUGCAUAACCCAAGGCCCCAGCGCUUCAUGUGGGAAUCAUUAUGCACCUGCACUGACCUUUUGAAUGACUAAUAAAAGUUUAGAUCAGCUUUC